AUGCUGAAACGGUUGCAAAUGGGCCUUCGCGCGUUCAUGCUGCUCGCAUCAAAAGUAUGGAGUUGUUUUUGUUAUAUGUUUAAGAAGCAAUAUCGAGCGUUGGCUCAAUAUCAAUCCGUCAAAUAUGAGAUGUAUCCACUUUCGCCAGUAUCUAGACACAGGCUGAGUCUAGUAAAAAGAAAAAUGCUGGUACUAGAUUUAGAUGAAACACUCAUCCAUUCACACCACGACGCAAUGUUACGUCCGACGGUGAAGCCCGGCACGCCGCCCGACUUCGUGCUCAAAGUCACGAUAGACAAACACCCUGUAAGGUUCUUCGUGCAUAAAAGGCCGCAUGUUGAUUACUUUCUGGAUGUAGUUUCACAAUGGUAUGAGCUGGUAGUGUUUACGGCAUCAAUGGAGAUAUAUGGUGCAGCAGUAGCGGAUAAACUGGACAAUGGCAGAGGUAUACUGCGGCGGAGAUUUUACAGACAACAUUGCACAGCAGAAAACGGUUCCUAUACUAAAAACUUGUCGUCUAUAUGCGACGACCUUAAUAGAGUGUUCAUAUUGGACAACUCACCCGGUGCGUACCGGGACUUUCCAGAUAACGCGAUACCAAUAAAAUCAUGGUUCUCUGACCCGUUGGACGUGGCGCUACUAAACCUGCUGCCCGUGCUGGACGCGCUACGCUUCACGCACGACGUGCGCUCAGUGCUGUCGCGCAACCUGCACCUGCACCGCCUGUAG